AUGUCUACAAGAGCGAAAUUGACAUUCGGUGUCAACAUGACUAAAAAUGAUAGGAAUUUGCAGCGAGUGUGGACGCCGCUCAAUCUAGGCAAUCUGCAAAACGAACAACAGGAAAUUGACCGUCUCAUUAUUCUUGAUCUGAUUCGGCAGAUCUAUGAUCCUUUGUUAGCUGCUUUCCUUGCUAUACCAGGCAAUCUGUGGAACCAGCAAUUUUCUCACGGGGGAACCAGACGGAUGCAGAAAAAGUUGCGCAAUCUUCAAUUUUACAUGCCAGCAGCGGUACAAAACAUUGAGAAGAAUGAUCUUGGCUUGUAUCUUUUUGAUGUACUGAGAUACUACCGAUUCACUGCUCACAGCUGGAGGGCACCAUUACCUCCACCAGCACCCGAAGUUGUGGGGGCUCCUCACCCUGAAGCUCCUCGUGUCGUUCCUUUCACUGCUAUCAACACGAAGUGGAGUGUCACUAACCCUCCGAUCCUUGACUUUGCCGGUGAUGCCCCUUCCAUUGGGAUCCCCGCUAACUUAUAG